AUGAAACUUUUCAGUCACGACGAUGGAGGCUCCAGCUCCAGCUCCAACCAUACUUGCCCAAUGCCUCAGGACCUUUCCGCAGAAGCAUCAGAACCAUUUGCUGGGGAUAUGACUUUUCAUACUUUCAAUAAAAUUCUCUCUGGAUCUUGUGCUGCGUUCGUCUGUCUCGCCAUCUUCGUUCUGAUGACGAUGCAUGCUACGCACUUCAGCAACCCUGCCAGACAAAUAAAGAUUAUGAGAAUAUGUGUUCUUCUGCCUAUAUACGCAGUCUUGUCAUUCCUCGCUAUAGCCUUCCCGAACUCCUAUGUGUACCUGAUGGCUUGGGUGGACGUAUUUCAGGCUAUCGCGUUGUGCGCAUUCUUCUUCCUGCUCUGUGACUUUCUUAGUCCCGGACAGGAAGAGCGAGCUAUCUUCUUUGCGAAGCUUCAGCCCAAUUCAAAGACCUCAAAGCCAGUCGACGGUCUUACGUGGUUCAAGAAAAAAUGGAUCGCUGUUUUGCAAUAUCCCAUCGUGGCUUUCAUUGACGCAGUGGCUACCUCUAUCACCGAGGCAGCGGAUAUCUACUGCCUUGAGAGUAGCAAGGCGUACUUUGGACAUGUCUGGCUUAACGUGAUUCGCAUACUGUCUGUCUCCGUUGCCACAUUUUCAAUUCUUAUGUUCUACGCUACACUCAAGACCCACAUUUCACAGCACAAGCCGCUCACAAAGCUGAUCGCUCUUAAACUUAUCGUCGGACUUGUAUUCCUCGAAAAUAUUAUAUUCACAAUUCUUCGCUCCACGUCUGUGCUGGAGACUACUUCAAAGUUGACAUGGUCAGAUGUCCACAUGGGGAUUGAGACGCUGAUUAUAUGUCUCCAACUGGUCCCGAUUGCUUGUUUGUUCCACUACGCAUAUGGUAUUGGACCAUACCGACUUUCACGCCACACACCCGUUGACACCCAUGACUAUGCUACUGUCGAUCCCAAUGCACCUAUCCUGCCACAACGCUAUCAAGGUGGACCUUUGGGUAUCUGGGCUUGGUUUGCCAUGUGCAAUCCACUUGAAGAUGUCCGCGAUGUGCGCGAUACUUUCGGCAUGCUGAAUCAGGCUAGGCAUGGAUCGCGACAGAUCUUGCUGAAUAGCCCAACGGGAUACCCUUAA